CUGCCCCAACGUCACAGAACCGUUCGACGUCAUCACCGGGCGACAACAGGAGCGUAAACAAGCCUGAAACCACAUAUCACAUUCUGAAUUUAAAAAGAAAGUAAGCGGAAUUUAAACAUGCCCAAAGUGGUGUCUCGGAGUGUGGUGUGCUCGGACACCCGUGACAGGGAGGAGUAUGAUGACGGGGAGAAACCCCUGCACGUGUAUUACUGCUUGUGUGGCCAGAUGGUCCUUGUUCUGGACUGUCAGAUAGAGAAAUUACCCAUGAGGCCACGGGACAAAGCCAGAGUGAUUGAUGCAGCAAAACACGCCCACAAGUUUUGCAACAUGGAGGAAGAUGAGACUGUGUAUUUGAAAAGGUCAGAGGGCAUCGAAAAACAGUUUCGCAAAAAAUGUGGGAAGUGUGGCCUGCUCUUGUUUUAUCAGCAUCAGAUGAAAAGCACUCCAGCGACGUUCAUCGUGGAUGGAGCGCUGGUGAAGUUCGGCCAGGGAUUUGGCAACACAAGCGUAUACAGCCAGAAACAAGAGGCGCCGAAGAAGGUCAGGGUUAUGAUGACAAAGCGCACCAAAGACAUGGGCAAGUUCAGCUCUGUUACUGUUUCAACCAUCGAUGAAGAAGAGGAAGAGAUUGAAGCGCGGGAGGUGGCAGAUUCUUAUGCCCAGAAUGCCAAAGUGAUUGAGAAACAGCUGGAGAGGAAAGGAAUGAGCAAGAGACGACUUCAGGAACUGGCGGAGCUUGAGGCGAAGAAAGCCAAGAUGAAGGGAACUCUCAUUGACAACCAGUUCAAAUGAAGAUUGUGUGUAAAUAAGAGAGACAGAGCAAAUGAAUGAGUUGUCUCAUGUAGCUGCUGGAGAGGGUGUAUAUUUGUGCAGUUGUGUGUGUAUGAAAGGAGGA